GCGUCGGCUGUGUUGGGAGCGCGCCCACCCGUCCGUCCGUCUGCUGCCCGGGCCGGAGCCCGAGAGGCGCGCACCAUGAGCGGCGGCGAAGUGGUCUGCUCGGGAUGGCUCCGAAAGUCCCCCCCGGAGAAAAAGUUGAAGCGUUAUGCAUGGAAGAGGCGAUGGUUCGUGUUACGCAGUGGCCGUUUAACCGGAGAUCCAGAUGUCUUGGAAUAUUACAAAAAUGAUCAUGCCAAGAAGCCUAUCCGUAUUAUUGAUUUAAAUUUAUGUCAGCAAGUUGAUGCUGGAUUGACAUUUAACAAAAAAGAGUUUGAAAACAGCUACAUUUUUGAUAUCAACACCAUUGAUCGAAUUUUCUACUUGGUAGCAGACAGUGAGGAAGAGAUGAAUAAGUGGGUUCGUUGUAUUUGUGACAUCUGUGGGUUUAAUCCUACAGAAGAAGAUCCCAUGAAGCCCCCCGGCAGCUCCUCACAAGCACCAGCGGAUUUACCUAUGGCCAUAAAUACCGUGCCAUCAUCCGCCCAGGCGGAUUCAUCAUCUGUGGCUCCACCGCCUCCAUAUCAGCUGAUUAACCUUCCACCACAUCUGGAAACUCUUGGCAUCCAGGAGGAUCCUCAAGACUACCUCUUGCUAAUCAACUGUCAAAGCAAGAAGCCUGAACCCACCAGCCAAGGGUCAUCUUUUGUUUCUGAAGAAGGAGAGGAAUACCUACUACUAGAAGAUUUUGAAAGCAAAACGAUUCCAUUGCAAGCACACGCCGAUUCUACAAAAGCCACCUCUUCUGAAACAGACUGCAAUGAUAACGUCCCUUCUCAUAAAAAUCCCGCUUCCUCCCAGAGCAAACACGCAGUGAACGGCUUCUUCCAGCAGCAGAUGAUGUAUGACUCUCUGCCGUCUCGCGCUGCGUCUGUUUCUGUAGACUCCAGUCUUUAUAACCUGCCCAGGAGUUAUUCCCAGGAUGUUUUACCAAAGGUAUCUCCAUCGGGUACCGAAGCAGAUGGAGAACUCUACGUUUUCAAUACCCCAUCUGGGACAUCGAGUGUAGAGACUCAGAUGAGGCAUAUAUCUAUUAGUUAUGACAUUCCUCCAACACCUAGUAAUACUUAUCAGAUUCCACGGACAUUUCCCGAAGGAACCUUGGGACAGACGUCAAAGCUAGACACUAUUCCAGAUAUCCCGCCACCGCGGCCUCCGAAACCACAUCCAGCUCACGACCGAUCUCCUGUGGAAACGUGUGGCAUCACACGCACGGCCUCAGACACUGACGGCAGUUACUGUACCCCUUCCGCAGGGGUGCCGCCCUCACGCAGUAAUACCAUUUCCACUGUGGAUUUAAACAAACUGCGGAAAGAUGCUCAUUCUCAAGACUGCUAUGAUAUUCCACGAACAUUUCCAAGUGCUAGAUGUAGUUCACUUGAAGGCUUCCAUAACCACUUUAAAAUAAAAAACGUGUUGACAGUAGGAAGUGUAUCGAGUGAAGAACUGGAUGAAAAUUACGUCCCGAUGAAUCCCAACUCUCCGCCGCGACAACAUUCCAGCAGUUUUACGGAACCAAUUCAGGAAGCCAAUUACGUGCCAAUGACCCCAGGGACCUUCGAUUUCUCUUCAUUUGGAAUGCAGGUUCCUCCUCCUGCUCAUAUGGGCUUCAGGUCCAGCCCGAAGACCCCUCCCAGAAGGCCAGUUCCUGUCGCAGACUGUGAACCGCCCCCGGUGGAUAGGAACCUCAAGCCAGACAGAAAAGGUCAAAGUCCUAAAAUUUUAAGACCCAAACCCCAUGGUUUAGAGCGAACUGAUUCACAAACCAUAGGUGACUUUGCUACAAGAAGAAAGGCCAAGCCAGCACCUUUAGAAAUAAAACCUUUGCCAGAAUGGGAAGAAUUACAAGCCCCAGUUAGAUCUCCCAUCACCAGGAGUUUUGCUCGAGACUCCUCCAGGUUCCCCUUGUCGCCCCGGCCGGACUCAGUGCACAGCACGACGUCCAGCAGUGACUCGCAUGACAGUGAAGAGAAUUACGUUCCCAUGAACCCAAACCUGUCGAGUGAAGACUCGAAUCUUUUUGGCAGUAACAGUCUUGAUGGAGGAAGCAGCCCGAUGAUCAAGCCCAAAGGAGACAAACAAGUGGAAUACCUAGAUCUAGAUUUAGAUUCUGGGAAGUCUACACCACCACGUAAGCAAAAGAGCAGUGGCUCAGGAAGCAGUGUAGCAGAUGAGAGAGUGGAUUAUGUUGUGGUUGACCAACAGAAGACCCUAGCUCUGAAGAGCACCCGGGAGGCGUGGACAGAUGGGAGACAGUCCACAGAAUCCGAAACACCAACCAAGAGUGUGAAAUGAAAAUAUUCCUCCACUGUGUCUGAAUAGGAGAGAACUGAAUCGCAAAGAUAAAUGCCGUUUAACCGAAGAUGACUUGACAUUUCUACUCUAGGUAGACCCUCAACUGAGUAGAGUUGAAGUCAAAGGGCCUUUCAGACAUAAUCAAGCAGUCGAGGCUGUCAAUGGUGCUUUGUGGUAUCCGAAUGAUUUGUAACAUGUAAAUAAUGUGGGGAAGUAGUAGUGUUUAACUCUCAGAAAAAACAUUUUGUUUCAUAGUUAACACACUUCUAGUAUUACUGUAUUUAUGCACUUUUUCAUUUAAAACGUUGGUUGGGGUAUUCCCAGAUGUGUACCUUACCAUAAUUCCUUUAGGAGUUCUCGUUUUCCUCACACUACUCUAUAUAACAAUACUAAGUUAACUAAGCUACUUUUAGGUUUGGAAAUUGCUCUUUAAAUCACAGUCUAACAUUAAGAUGAGAAGUAGGUUCACAAUUUACCUGUCUUCCUGAAACUUCAGGUGGUAAUCGUUAAACUACAGAGUAUAGUUGGACUCAUUCGUUGCCUUCAAGAAUGCUAAGGAUAAUGUAUGUACUGGUAUUCAGACAUAGUUCUCUGGUUCACGUACAGUUAGUUCUCAGUGUUGGAACUUUGUUAUAUUUUGUUAAUUACAGUGUUCUCAGUUCAUUGAGUAAAGAUUCUUCAGGGUAGGAUCUUGCACCUUGGAAAGGCAGAAUAAUUACACAAUCAAGCCUGUAAAUCACUGAUGGCAUGAGGUGAUGAUGUGCUCUCACACGUGUUAACAUGUUAUUAAACUUGACAUUAUUUGCAAAAUGUAGUUUAUUUAACUAAUCAGGUACGUACCCAGCACUGAUGUGCUAAUACACUGAUCAGGUUUAGACAGUGAACUUUAGUUGUGUUCAUGUUAGUCUAAUAUUUGGUUUCCAAUUUGGAAUUAAUGAAACAGUUAACAUUCACUGUUAGUUAUAGCAACAUACUGUGAUUUUUAAUUAGACAGUAAGUCAGAUUUAUUACUCUAAGAAGGAAAUUCUAUGUUUGACACCAUAGUGCCCUUUCUGUGAUUUUUUUAACUUCACUUAAUAUUCUCCUUGGCCUUAUAUUUAAAUCCUUAUGCAAUUAAUAUUUUAUAUCUGCAUUUUUUUAAAAAAAUAGAUGUUAUAUAAAUGAUUCACAUAUGUAGCACCUGUUGCUUUUCCUGUAAAAGAAUUAAGGAUUUUGUACUGUGAUUUAUAUUCACUGCCCCAAUUCAAGAAAUAUUGGAGCCUUGCUAUAAUGUGAAGUCUUAUCAUCAUGGAUCUCUGCCAACCAGAUUUCUGAAACCAGAUUUCUGAAAUCACCUAUAACAUGGUCCUGUGACAUGGAUAUUGAGACCACAAAUUUUAGUGAGGCUACAAUUACAUUUAUCUGUCUUGGCUUUGCUACAUAUUUUAGAACGCAGAUAUAGUUGUGUGUUUGUUUGUUUAACUAAACGACAUACAGUCUCUCCUGUGACAUGGGGAUAUCGAGACCACAAAUUUUAGUGAGGCUACAAUUAUAUUUUUCUGUCUUGGCUUUGCUACAUAAUUUAGAAAGCAGGUAUAAUUGUUUGUUCGUUUGCGUAACUAAGUGACAUACAAUCCUUGAUGUGUUGAUUUGAGAUUUAUUAAUAGUUUUGGAGGGGCACAAAGAUAGGAGUGCCCACAGCUGAGGCAUGACUCCCUCCAUUCAGACCUCUAACUGUUGCCUGAGUACACAUAUGUGCCCUCAUUUCUGGCCUCUUGGCCAUAGUACUGUGCCUAAUCAGUGUAAUGGGUUUAUUUCCCCAAUUAGCAAACGAAAAACAUUCAUAACAAAAUGACUUGUAGACUAGUAACGCUUGAUGCUUUUAAAUGUUUGCUUCUUUUUAAACAAAAACUAAAACCCAGAAGUGAAUUUUGAGGUGGAUUUUUAAAUAAAAAAGAUUGUUUGAGUUUCGCGUGCACAAGCUGUUUUAUAAUGAAAACACAAAAUAAAAUCUAAAAUCAUUGAAACGGCCUAAACAUUCAAAACAUACAGCACAGUUGGUAUGUGAGAAUACUAAAUUGUGUUACAUGGAAGAUGAACAUAUUUUGAGAUUUAGAACAAACACAAUGAAUAUAUUGUUAAUUCAAAAAAUAGAAAUCUUUUUUAAAGCUGCCUAUUAGAAGAGUCUAAAACAAUCUUGAAACUUCUAGUAUAAUUUCUCCUCACCAUUUUUGAAUGUCUGCAGCACUCUAAUGUGUAGAAAUAUUCCCAUUAUGCAAGGUAAUUUAAGAAUUGAAAUGUAUUCAGCAGCUUGUUUCAGAAAACAAAAUCAUGUGAAACAUUAUAUUAAAUUAAAUUUAAAGACAAUUUCUUAUAGACCAAUAUUUUCCAAACAUUUUUUAGAACUAGAAACUUUCCUAAAUAAAAUUUUGUGUGACCCCAAUACAUAAAGACUGCAAAGUUAAUUUUAUCAGUAUAAAUGUAUUUUGAGUUCAUAUUUAUGUUACUUUUUUUAGUCCAUCACUAAGAAUAAAAUUUCUGAAUAAUACAGAUAUGAAAUUGGGGUUAUUGAUAGUUUGAAAAACUUUAGCAGCCAAUUUAGUUUUAUACCUCAUUUUAUUUGCAUACUAUUAAGAAAAUUUUGAUUCACACAGACAUAAAUAAAUAAAAAUAACAGGUUUUAAACACAUAUCUCAGGAGCUUCUUUAAUUAGAAAUAGCUGAAGUUGUAGUCCGAGGUUCACAUAAAGAUACAUUACCUGGUAGUAGAAGUUAAUACACAAGCAGUUUCCAGUAUGGUAAAAUUGGGGUAUGUAACAGAUUAGAAUGUGCAUUUUUACUAAGUUUUUUUAAAUAAGUACUUGCUAAAACAAAAUUUAGAUCACACCCUUUUAAUACCCCUAAUCACCUCCACGAAGCUGAGUUUUGGCCAGCCCUGUGUUGAAAACCACUGGUUAACCACGUGACAGUUAUGUUACAAAUCAGAAGCCUUUUUCUCCUACCUAUUUGAUCUCUACUUUUUAUUCCUUAUUUGAAAAGCUGUAAAAUUUUAUGAAGGUUUGAAUACCAAAGUACAGUUCUGUGUUCAAAAAUCAAAAUUCACACUUGAAUAAUAUAAGCUAUUUAACCCACAGAGGGUAUCAGUAAGCUAUAAAAGGUGGUUUUUAUAUACACUCUAUACAUUUUCAUCUUUAUUUCUACCAGUACCAUAUAAGCUACUAUGAGCAUUUUAGAGAAGCCCAUAAAGGUACUAUGAGUGUGUAUGUGUAUAUAUAGCACUAUAUCUAAUCAUAGACUAAAUUUAAUUUGAUAUAGAAAUACUGCUAUACUUAUACAUUAAGGUCGUAAGUCAUAAUUUCUCCUGGACUCUUUAUAUUUAAUUAAUGGGGGUCACAAUCUUCGUAAAUGCAUUUGAACUGGAAAGUGAACACCAGUGUUUUUCUGCUAGUGGGAGGUCAUCUGCUUUCUCCCUUUAGUGAAAUCUGUAUUUUUUUAUAUUUUGUUAAAUGUUAAAAUCCUUCCAAAUACUUUUAGUGCCUCUUUAUUUGGCCCACUAAAAAUACUGGUAUUAGUAUUUUGAAUAAAUGCAAAGUCUUUGGAAUUUUAGAACAAUAGAUGCCACCACCACCACCACACACACCUCCACCCCGCUGCCUCAUAUUCUUAUUAUUGGGUCAUUCUGAUAGGUCUUUUCCUCCAUUUUAAGAUAAGUAAUUAGGUCCAUGACAGAGAUUAUAUAUAUGACCAAAUCAAGUGGAUACGCAGAGAAAGAGACAUAUCCCUGGAUAAGAAUUAUUGUCAAUACAUCUGAUACAUGUUACUCUGUACAUAAUUUAAAAUACUGAAAACUAUGAGAUAAAAAGCCAUGGUUAGAUGAAUAUUGUAGACAUCAUGGACUUGAUAAGAUGAAAAAUCAAUUGUCAGGUUGUGGAGAUAAUUGAUUUUAGUCUAACUAAAUAUGUAUUACUACAGCUUGAAAUAAUUUAGUUUGUCUUCUCUUACAUAGACUUAUCUUUUUUUAGGUUCAGUAUAAUGUCUAUUAUGAGUUUCAACAAUUUAGCUUCUGCUUCCUUUAAAAACACAUGGCUUUGUGUGAGCUCUUGUAUCCCAAAUCAAUUGUUGAUAAUUACCCCAAAUUUCAACAGCAAAAUCUUAUGUAUAAUUUAUUUCGCCCCUUUUUCACAUCUUCUUUUGUAAAGAUCUAAUUGUAGAUAUUUUCUGCUGCCAAAUAAAACUUUUCAAACAAUUUGCUUUCAAGACCUUAAA